GGCGGGGCGAGGCUGCUGGGGCGCGGCCAGGGCUGGGGCGCGGCGGCGGCGGCGGGGGGCCGGCCCCCUGACCCGGGCAAUCUAAAUCCUCCCGCACUCCGGCGGGCUGUGCACUCUUUCCUGCUGGUCCCCAGCGCCUGCUGCCCCGCCGCUCCGCACUCCCAAGGGCUCCCGUCCUCUGCUGUAGGCGGAAAAUGCUGUUGCUUGAUUGCAACCCGGAGGUGGAGAGUCUGAAGCAUCUGCUGGAGGCCGGCGCCUCGGUCAACGCACCCCCGGAUUCCUGCGAGCAGUCGCUUGUCCAUUUGGCCGCAGGGGGCGGCCUUGCUUGCUUGCUUCUGUGGCAGCUGCAAACUGGCGCUGACCUCAACCAGCAGGAUGUUUUUGGAGAGGCUCCACUACACAAGGCAGCAAAAGUUGGAAGUCUGGAAUGCCUUAGCCUGCUUGUAGCCGGGGAUGCCCAAAUAGAUUUAUGUAAUAAGAAUGGACAAACAGCUGAAGAUCUUGCUUGGGCCUGUGGAUUUCUAGAAUGUGCCAAGUUUCUUACAACAAUUAAAUGUAUGCAGACAAUAAAAUCGAGUGACCGAUCCGCUAGAGAUCAUUGUGUUCCGGUGCCCAGACAGAAACGAAGUUUUGGAAGUGUAGAAAAUACAGCUGGAAAGAGGAAGCGUUGAUUCACGUUGGUCCUGAAAAGGUUUGAAGAAAGCCUUCACUCCGUGCAGAUCCACUGCCCAGCCAGAAGCUAUGGCUUUUGGCUCACCAGGUGUAUCUCAGCUCCUUCUAGGAAGGAGGAAAACUUUCUUCUAAGUGAAGAUAACAUUUAAGAAUACAUGUUUUUACAUGCCUGUUAAUAUUUUGGUUGUGCCUGCUUUUGUCUUUUAAGUUAUUAAAGAAUACUAAAGAAUA